AGCCAGAUCUCCGAAAAUCUACUCUAUCAGCGGCUGCAUUUGCUACCAUUCUCAGGACCCUCACCAUGAAAGGCCUUCUGCUGCUCACCCUGUCUUCUCUGGUCUGCUGGGUCUCAGCUGACAUUCGCUGUCACUCCUGCUACAAGGUCCCUGUGCUGGGCUGUGUGGACCGGCAGUCCUGCCGCCUGGAACCAGGACAACAAUGCCUGACAACAAAUGUGUACCUCGGUAAGAUGUGGGUUUUCUCCAACCUUCGCUGUGGCACACCAGAAGAGCCCUGUCGGGAGGCCUUCAACCAAACCAGCCACAAGCUGGGCCUGACCUAUAACACCACCUGCUGCAACAAGGACAACUGCAAUAGCCUGGCCCCCCGGCCCACCCCGGCCCUAGCCCUUGUCCUCACCUCCUUGGCUGGCCUUGGCCUCUGGCUGCUGCACUGAGGCUCACUCCAUGGCUGCCCCCCUCCCUCCUGCCUCACCUGAACCUUUCUCCCUGUGUCUCGGAUCCCCUGACUUCCCACAGUGGUCUCUCCCUAGCUCUCUUUGCACUAAAAAAAAUUUCUCCAGAUCCUUCACAUUUCUUUAAUUAGACAGUGGUCUCCCUCCCCAUCCUUCUACCCCAUACCCUCCAGUCUGCUUUUCCUGAGUCCCUUCCUAUUUCCCCCUAGACCAUUCCAGAUCCUCCAUUGGCCCCUAGAAGGACUCCCCACUUUGCCUCCUGCUCUCUGUGGUGCCCUACUCAGAGAGGGAUUGGAAUCUGGGCCUGAAAUGGAGCUUCCAUCCUGUUCCUAAUGAAGGCUCCCAGAAAGGACCUGAUGACUUCAUUGUACAGGGCUUAUUCCCCAAAUCCUGGCUCCCAUUGUACUCCAUCCCUAUGCUCCCCUGUUUCCAUUUUGAGUAAUAAAUGUCUGUGCCUGAUAAAUUGUAUGUUUAUUGUCAGAGGCCCCCUCCCAGGAAGUAACACUCUCAGCCCCCACCCUCACCCAAGAAUCCUUCAGGGAGUUUCCCUGGGAGGCAGGGCUGAAGCAGAUGGAGAAACAGGUUUUUCAGGCCUCUGUCCUCCCCUCCAGUGUCUGGGGGUGGUACACAGGUCCCAGUGUUUGGAGAAACAAUCCUUAUCCCAAAUUUAGGCCAUAGCUCUGAUGUACUGCCAUGAAAGAGAUGCAGGCUGUCUUGAGGGCUCCCCAGAAAGGGUAGGAGAGUUGCAUGGGGAUAGGACCUUGGACCCUCUUUCCAGGCCUCAGUCCCUCAGAUUAGAGUCAGAGGCCUCCCCUGAUCUGGUUACUAAGUGAGGCACCAAGCAACCCUCCUAUUACAGUGCUUACAUUUCCUUUCUCAAUUCAAGCUAGUCAUGUUCGGAGCCAAGUUACAAAUGGCAGAAAGGGGAACAAACCCAGAUAACCAGGCCCAUUGAUUCCUGGUGACCCCACUCAGCCCAGAGCCUGCUCCCCUCAGUGAUCCUUAUUGCUAAGGAAGAUUCUCCCUAGCAACAGGAUCCAGGAGUCACUUAGGGUGGAUUCUCCACUGUCCUUUGGGGUUUAGUUGGUUAAGGAGUGUGCCAUGUAACUAAGU